AUGCGGUCCGGUGGAAAUGCUUUUGGUUGUUGUGGAUGCAGGCACAAAAUGACUGGAAGUUGUUCCAAUGUCCUUGACAUCUUCUUCGACGAUAGUUGCCCUUCGUGGGUUGUUCUCCCGUUUGGUACCCAACAGCCUACAUCAUACCAUCCUAAUUCCAACGGAAUAGCUGAGCGAGCAGUUCGCAUAGUCAAGACCGCCAUAAAUAAAGAAAGCGGCACAGGGAACUCUCCUUUGUCGCUUGGAAAGGUUUUUAUAUACAGAAGAACACCAUCAGCAUCGACAAAUAUUUCGCCUGCUAUGGUCAUGUUUGGGCGUCCACUACGCAGUCGUCUUGAUCUCCUUAAAGAGUACAUUGCCAAUGAUACUUCAAAUCAUACCAAAACCAAGGAGGAUGACCUUGUUUGGACCCGGAAUUUUUCACGUGGUCCUAAGUGGAUUGUUGGUACAGUCACAGAGACUUCUGGGAAUGCUAUGAUGAAAGUGCUUACUUCACAAGGUAAGGUGGCACGUCACAUGGAUCAAAUUCGCAUCAGGACAUCUCGGCAGAUUUCUCCACCAAUUGACAGCGACUCCCCUUGUACUCCUACAACUCCUGUUUUUGAUGCUCCAGUGGUAGGGAGUGAGGAUGACAUGCAAAGGCUAUUCCUGAGUCAACCCAGCAGCGGCCCUGAUGUCCCUUCUGUGCAUACUCCCUGUGAGGAACAAUCUACAUCUUUUCUUAAUAGACCUCCUAUACAUAUACACUCUGAUGAGGAACAAUCCACAACUCCCAGUUAG